AUGGUCCUUGACCUUAGCCUUCUCUCACUCACCCAACUUCAAAACUCAGCUCAAAAUCACAACCAACAAAACCUAAUGGCUGCCUCCUGGGUGUGGAACCCUAAGCCCCAACCUGACGAUGAUUCAUGGGAGGUUAAGGCCUUUGCCGAGGACACAGGUCAUGUUACUUGGCCCCCUAGGUCUUAUACUUGCACUUUCUGCACAAGGGAGUUCCAGUCGGCUCAAGCCCUCGGCGGUCACAUGAACGUGCACCGCCGCGACAGGGCUCGGCUUCACCAAUCACACCCUGCUACCACUAGUGUUCCAUUAAUCAAUCAAACCUCAUCGCCUUGUACUCGAGAAUUCGCCCCUAUUUUACCGUAUCAUUUUAAUAGCUUGAUGGUACCACAGGAGUUGAACAAUUCUCCCUCUUCUCUCCAUUACUCGUUCACAGGAGCUGAGCCAGCCGAUAAUAAUAUCAACGAUGGCAACAACAAUAUCAGCAAGCAAGCAGCGACUGAAGAGCUCGAUCUAGAGCUCCGACUAGGGCAUAGACCAACACCAUCUUGA